AUGACCUCGGGCGAACCCAAGUUUCUCUUCAAAGAGACUCGCUUGAACCUCGAGCCUCCCGCCGCCGCGUCCAUUGUCACGAUCCGCGUCCCGUCGCUGUCCGGAAGCACCACCUCGCGCGGCACCGAUGGCGCGGCCGAGGACGGUGCGGCUUUCCGCCGCAAGAACCUCGCCAGCGCAACCUCCAUCUACCACCGGCAGUGGCACGACGCGCCGCGAAGCUUCCUCUGGCGCGUGCUCGAGGACGGCCACCUGCUGAGCGUGCGCGCCACCGACGUGUGCUGCCGCGGAAGGGCGGCUGACGCGCCGCUGGUGCUCAACUUCCACUUCGCGGUGCCCAUCCAGCCGGGCUGCGUCGCCCUGGCCGAUCCGCAGGAGCACGACGCGCUCUGCCUGUUCGUGCUCGACACGGCGUCGGCGCUGUACACGUUCACGCUGCGGCCGGACCUCUUCAGGAAGCGCACGGCGGUCGACGCGGGCCUGUCGGAGCUGGCCAAGGUGCAGGCGCCGGCGGGGCUGGGGUUCAAGUACCCGCACCGCAUGGUCGCCGUGUCGGCCAACACCCUGCUGGUGACGGUCAACGACGGCGGCAUGAUUCGCCUGGACCGAAACCAAGCCGACGAUGGGGGUGUUUGGAAGGAGACCUUUUUCAACGUCCAAGGAUGGAAGCAAAACCUCCGAAGCUUGCUCCCUUUCCAGGGCAGCCACACGAUCCGAUAUGGCCGAACCAACAUGGAAUAUAGUGCUGCCACGGCGGUCCAGGUGACAUCUCUGGGGUUGGAUGGCUGUCUGUUUGCCAUUACAGUGUGCCUCGACCAUCGCAUCCGCAUAUGGAACAUUCAGGACGGCCAGAUCUUAUUCACGGGAGACCUACUCGGUGCCGACAGAUCUCCCCAGGAGAUUGGCAAAUGGAUCUUGGACCCUUCUCAAGCCAACCUGGUGCAGCUCGUUGGACGCAGCCCGGGACGGAGACUAUGCGCCACAUACUCACCAAUUGGGCCGGGCGAAUUCAAGUUUUGGAACAUUGUUGCAAAGGGGCCGCAUAUGAUUACAGUUGAGGAGCGCUUCCCCAAACUAACCCUUAUUCCGGAAACGCCUUCAUCGGCCGAUGUAUGGACACUAGCCGACUUUAUACUCGCAACGCCCAAGGAUGAUAGCGUCCGCCUGUGGACAUUGUGGAAGAACAACAUGACUUACCGGGUUCAGCGGCUUGACUUGGACAGCACCAAUAUGUCCCAGGUCUGGCAACAAGGUUGGGAAGGUGUCCAUUCUAACGUGGGUUUGCCCCCUGCCGAGCCCUCUGGGCCAUGGGACCCAGAAGACGUUACGGAAAAGUGGCUGCAGUUGAUCCUGAAACCUGGUCUCUUUACCAAGGCAACGCUCGAAGCAGCGCUCUCCAUCUAUGAGCAAGGUCUAGGGAAGGCUAGAGAAGGAACCAAGGGACGCGGUCUGGCCGAAUCUAUAUGCUCGGUGCUCGGUGCCGCGGCGUCAUUAGAGAGAGGUCCUACCGGUGCUAUGGACUAUGAGCAGUUUAGAUCCUCGAGCGAAACUCAAUGGCGCCGCUUCUACAGGCUUCUUAUCGAGCUUGAUAAGCAACGCGGUGAAGCCAUCACCCUGGCACUCGAUCCGGAGUCCGACAUGGCUUGGGUUGUCUGCGCCGAUCUUGUUUCGGCCAUCAGAGAGUGCAGCGACUUGGAACGCAUUUACCACAACCUCAAGGCUCCUGAUCAGGACAGGCAGCGUGAGGCUGUUUUGAUCAACUCGGCGCUGUCAUUUGUGGACGGAUUCUCGGACAGCUAUCGGCAGCUCUGUAACGCGGCUCUACGACCCGAACUAUUUGAACAAUCUCAAAAAACGGACCUAGAGCGCAUUCAGUUCUUCUCCGACAAGGCCGGAUUCUGGCGUGGCAUUACCGAUGAAGAUUGCACACAGAUUGUCGACGAUCUGGGUCAAAACUUCAACAUGGUUACCGAUGACCUGUACAAUGAGGUCCUCGAUUUACUCGCAACCCCCGCUGCAAUGAAGGGACGGAAGCCCAACAAUCCAGUUACCGAGUUUGGUCGGAGACUCGUCAUGGCAGCCACACAGGAUUGCCUGACCAUGCAGUGGAGAGUGUGUCUGAGCCAGCUUAUCCUUCUUGUUCAUAUGGAAUACGAGUUCGACGACGAGGAAGAUGCUCUCCAUCACCGAGUAGACGUCGGCAGCGUAUUCCGAGGCUUGAUUGCCGCCCUUCGCCGCUUAGAGCUGUUGAGGCAUCUAUCCCAAACAGAACUUUCCGUACCCCUAUAUAGACCAGAUAGAGGUAUCUCGCCCAAGAAGAGCGGCGAUGACACGCAAGUCGUCACGGCCCUGGAAGCCAAUGUCGGCCACCUUCUUGGCUUCAACGCGACGAACGCGCCUCUCAGCAAGAGCCUCUCCGAGAUUGCGGCCUCCCUAUGCGCCCCGGAUAGCGAUAUCGAAGUAUCGCCGGCCCUGAUCCAGUGCUCGCUUAUGAAGCGGCAACGGGCAGAUCUGGCUAAUACUCUCACCCCUUUCUGCAACGAAGAUCCGUUCUCGGUGUAUGUUCAGGGCCGCGUGAGUCUGGCUUUGAAAGACUACAAUAGCGCGGCAAGCUUCUUCAGGAGGGCUGCCGUCGGCAUGAGCACCGAGAACGUCGAGCUUGACCAGCACAGUGGUGGCUUGCUAGACAACACAGAAUGGGCCUUGUUCAAUAGCGGUCUGCCUCGCUACUACUCGCACAUCGUCGCGCUCUACGAUGGCCAAAAGGCAUACUCCUACGUUAUUGAGUUUGCGCGCCUCGCCAUGCAAUUCACAUCUGCGCGCCCCAGUCCCGAAUCCGUCAAGGCCGAGAUGCUUACGCGGCAAUUCAGCGCCGCGCUCGCCACCUGCCAGUUCGAGCUUGCCCACACCACCCUACUCUCCAUCAAGGACCAGGCCCUGCGCUCCUCCAGCCUGCGCCUCCUCGUGGACAAGAUGUGCGAGACGUGCCACAACAGCGAGCUCGUGGCGCUGCCGUUUCCUGGCAUGCAGCAGGAGGUCGAUGAGUUCCUGGCCAAGCGCUGCCGCAGCGCCGUCGACGUGGUGCGCGGCGCCCACUACCACCAAGUGCUGUACGCGUGGCGCAUCAAGCGCCAGAACAUGCGCGGCGCCGCGUGGGUGCUGCUCGACCGCAUCCAGAAGCUCAAGCUCGCCGGCGAGGCCGACAAGAUCACCGGCGACGACGUGCUGGACACCCCCGUCACGCGGCAGUACCUGCUACUCAUCAACGCCCUCAGCUGCGUCGAUCCCAAGCAGGCCUGGGUCUUUGAUGAGGGUGUGGCCGGCGCCGUGGACGAGGCCACGGGGCUGCCGAGGAAGCGCGCGGUCGUUUCGCUCGCGGACGUGCGCAAGCAGUACCAGGACGAGCUGGAUAGGAUCGCGGCCAUUCAGAAUAACCAGUUUGGCUUUUCGGCGGAUGAUGUCAUGGAUCUUGCAUGA